CCCUCCCCUAACAAACACCCCCACCAUGCCGCUCCGCACGCUGCUCCGGCACCUCUCGGCCGGCCAGUUCGCGCGCCUGCAGGCACUCACGGGCGCGGCCACGGCGCCGGCCGCGCACCGCGUCCUCCACCUCCUCCUCCGCACCGCGCCGGCCCCUCCCCUCCCCCACCUCGUCUCCCUCGCGCGCUGGUCCCGCUCCCACUUCCGCGCGCCUCUCCCGCUCCGGUUCCACGCGCUGCUGCUGGCCCGCCUCGCCUCCCACGGCCUCCACCCGCUGCUCCGCUCCGAGCUCCACGCCCUCGCCGCCGCCCGCCUCCACUCCCCGGCCUCCAUCCUCCGCGCCCUCCCCGCGUCUUCCCCCGCCACCGCGCCGCUCAUCGCCGACAUGCUCGUCCUCGCGCUCGCCAGGGCCUCCCAGCCCUUGGCGGCGUACGAGGCCUUCCACCUCCUCGGCAACAACCACCCGCGCCACCGCCCCUCCGCUUUCUCGGUGAACAGCCUGCUCUCCGCCCUUUUCGCCGCGGGUCGGGUCGACCUCGCCGAGCGGGCUUUCAAGGCGGCGCUCCGGCGACGCGUGUCCCCGGACCUUUUGACCUUUAACAUCGUCAUCUCCGGGCUCUGCAAGGCUGGGCAACUUCGCAAGGCCGGCGAUGUCGCCAAGGACAUCAGGGCGUGGGGGUUGACCCCCUCUGUGGCCACCUUCAAUGCUCUCAUCGACGGCUACUGCAAGAAGGGUCGUGUCGGGAGGAUGUACCACGUCGAUGCGCUUUUGAAGGAGAUGGUCGAGGCUGGAAUCUCGCCCAAUGUUGUUACAUUCAAUGUGCUGGUUACUGGGUACUGCCAGGACUCGAACACUGCUGCUGCGGUGAGAGUCUUUGAGGAGAUGAAGCAGCAGGGGAUUGCGCCCAGCAUGGGGACAUACAAUGCACUUGUUUGGGGUCUCUGCAGUGAGGGCAAGGUAGAGGAAGGGGUGAAGCUGGUGGAUGAGAUGCAGGAUCUGGGGCUGGCGCCUAAUGUAGUCACCCUGAAUAGUGUGCUGAAUGGGUUUUGCAAAAAGGGCAUAAUGGUAGAUGCUGAGAAUUGGGUUGAUGGUAUGGCACAGAGGAAUAUUGAACCUAACGUGGUUACUUACAAUACCUUGAUUGAUGGAUAUCGCCGGCUCGGCAAAAUGAAGGAUGCGGCGGCGGUGAAGGAGGCGAUGGCAGGGAAGGGGAUUAGUCCAAAUGUCAGAACAUACAAUUGCCUGAUAGCUGGGUUUGACCAGAGCGGGGAUUGGAGGAGUGUUUCUGGUCUUCUCGAUGAGAUGAAGGAGAAAGGUGUUAGAGCUGAUAUUGUCACUUACAAUACACUUAUUGGUGCCCUGUGCUGCAAAGGGGAAGUACGUAGAGCUGUAAAGCUCUUGGAUGAAAUGUUGAUGGUUGACUUGGAACCAGAGCAUCGGACUUACAACAACAUAAUAAAUGGGUACUGUGAGAAGGGGAACAUUAAGUCUGCCUAUGAAAUUAGGACCAGGAUGGAGAAAGGUAGGAAACGGGCAAAUGUGGUCACAUACAAUGUGUUCAUCAAGCACCUUUGCAGAAUGGGGAAGAUGGAGGAGGCUAAUGAGCUCCUGAAUGAGAUGUUGGAGAAAGGUCUCGUUCCAAAUAAGGUUACCUAUGAAAUAAUCAAGGAGGGGAUGAUGGAGAAAGGUUACGUUCCUGAUGUAAGAGGAUUCGCUUGCUCAGAAGCCUCUCAAAAUCUGACAUCCUGAAACGCUUGAAGACUGGUUGUGUUUCCCAAGAAUAGAAGUAAUAUUUACGGUCCCCAGUAGUCACACAAAUGAAAUGCAACCAGGAGUCCACACCCUGAUGGUGGAAACAAGAUUUGGGGCUUCCAUCUCCCCUGUACCUGCUGUACAGCCUUCAGCUUAUGUGUCCGCACAACUAUUCUCAAGUGACAAAUCAUGCAAUAAACCUCCUCUGCUCUUGUGAUCUGAAUGUACAAAAGCUCAGUACGUACAGUGAAGUUGGACCCUUCACUGCUGUUUGUUUACUACCGGUUUUGCAAACUGGGGUGGGCAAGGAUUCUGAUCGGAUUUCGGAGAGUGCUGGAUGGGCAGUUGCCAUUGUCAGCAACAACUACAAUAACAACAGCAAUAAAAAGGAAAGAGAAAGUAUAACUAAACAGAAAAUAGGCUUAUCUGCCAUCUGUUGGGAGGACAAGAAACAAUAUGGUUUCAGACAGGGCUGCACGCAGGGUUGAAAUACAGGCGGAUAGUUUCCACAUGGUCUGGAGCCAAAUCGGGGCAAAUUGAAAUUCUGAAAGAAAAUUUACUGUUUGGUCGGAGUUAAAUCCAGAUUCAAGUAGCUAUCUGCUGGAUACGGAUAUUUCCUGGAUUUGGCCGGCAGUUUCCUGAAUUUGAAAUCCAAAGUGGCGCCUCGCCAUGAUCCACCUCCAGCAGCCUAGUGUGAAGUCGCUCUAGCGUGCCACUGCAGCUUCCUUCCGUGCUUCAACCAGGCGGACUAUGCACCGUCCAGCCAGUGGAUGCCUGUAUCGACGACCUCUUUGCGCUUAUUGCACUCGUGGAGCAGAUUGGUAGAUUGAGUGGCUCGUCGUGUCACUGCUGGUUUUAUUAGGGAGUAUGUUGCUGCAACAAUCGUGUAAUUCUUGUCAGUAAUGCUUCUCACCGUUUUCCUCCUGCUCGAGGGUUUGAAUUGGAUGGCUCAAGAAGCACUGCAGGAACAUGUGUAUUUAAUAAAGUACGAUGAUUGUUCAAGCAACAAGGAAUUACACAGGAAUAUGCAACCAUACUGCACAUCUGCUCUACUCAGGACCGUUGAUGGUCUCAGAUUGGAUGGUUUGACUGUUUCAGGUAUGUUCUUGAUCACCUCAACUGUGGCUCCAACCAUCAACAUAGUGGGACCACUAACGAAUUCCCCGUGAUUCACAUUGCUUCGUUGGUUAAUUAGUUUGUGCCAUAUACAGUUGAUGUAAUGUUUACAAUCUGUGAUAUACAAAUUGACAAAUCUAUUAAUAAAAAAUCGUGUAUGUUCACCUGUAAACAUAUGCAAGAUUUUCCAUGAUUGAUUCGGAUGACGUUGGAGUUCUUAGGAGCUGCAAGAAUACAUAUAUCUUGCUUUGCUAAUGACAAAUUUAUAAUGUAUUGUAUCAGUGGUUAUUUUGGAAGAACUUCUGCUCCUUUUGACAGCUGAACUGAAACCAUCUGCCAUUGAUAUUAAUAGCUACCAGAUUUAUUUAUUUGAAACGGAGACAAAAGCCUCAUAUAUUGAUUAAGAGGAGGAAAGAGUCUGUGUUACAAGAGACCCACAAGCAUGAACACAAUUACUCUUCCAAGAUAAAAGCCCCUAAAUAUUUCGCACCCGCGGUUACCAAAGCUUCAUUUCGUUGAUGAUCAUGUUGAGCAAGAUUGUGGGGGAGCAUUUCUCUCAUUCCAAAUUGUCCAUGAUACAAGCAUAUUGAGGGAGGCCAUGACUUCUCUAUGGGGAGUGCCCACUUCGGAGCGAUUAAUCCACCAAUCGUUGACGGAGCUCUCCAAAUGCCACAAAGAUGGGUCAAUGCUAUUAAGAUGAAGCUUGCCGAUCACCAAGCACCAAAGCCGAAUAGUAACCGACACUUGGGAAAGAGAUAGUCACACGAUUCUUGCACCGCCUUGCAAAACAGGCAAAGAUCAUCCCUGUUUGGGCAGCCUAUUGGCGGUCCAAAUGCGGCCUUGCAUAGCCGACCAAGCAAAGAACUUGACCUUUGGGGUGCCCAAACUUUUCCAAACCGCAUGCUCCAUUGAUGAGCGAAUCUUUCCCAAGAAUUGUGCCUUGUAUGCAGAUGCCGUCGAAUAUUGUCCAUUAGCUGUGUGUUUCCACACAAUAUUACCAUCAACGUGUGCAAGAAGACGCACCUUAUGAAGAAGCAUCCAAAGCUUGAAGAAUUCACAGAUGUGCUGGGCGGUGACGAUGGUAGGAGGUUUGAUUUCGAAGAUCCACGCGUUGUAAGUGCUUCCCUCACUUUCCAAUUUUUCUUGUGAACGCCUCGUAUAUAAGUGGAGCGAUAUCCAUAGGCUUUUGCCCAAGGAGUUAAAGGGAGCUCCAGAACGGCGUUCUCGCUCCGUUGCCAAUGGUGAUGAUGGAAGCAUAGAAAAAGUUGCACAGAUUGCUCAUCCCCACCCACAACUUGAAUGGCUUCUUUCACUCAUACCAUGGCCAUCGGAGCCUAAGAGCGCGCAAAUUUGUUGGUGUUGAGCACUCCUAGACCUCCAUAUUCAAGAGGCCGGCAAACCACCUCCCAAUAGACCUUGCAUUUAGCGCCGGUUGUUUAGUCUGAAGUGGACCAAAUAAAUGCUUGCUUGAGAAUGUUGACGUCAUGGAGUAUACUUGGCGGCAGCACAGUUGGGGUGAUGAAGGAGAUUGCUUGGGAAGUGAUCUCGGACUUGACGAGAGCCGUGCGCCCAAUGAAGGUUAUGUUUUGACCCUCCCAAGUGACGAGCUUGCUCGCAACCUUGACUACAAGAUAUUGAAGGCCCACUUUUUUGAGUUGCCAAAUGCAGAGUGGAAGCCCCAUACAUCGCAUGGGGAAGGAAGCUCUAGUUGUCGGUAAGCUUUGCAAGAUGAAAUCAAGGUUGAUAUGGCUGCAUUGAAUGGGCACUACUGAGCUCUUAUGAAAGUUAGUGCAUAGGCCCGUAAUCUCCCCAAAUCCUCUCAGAAUGGAUGCACGACUAUCAAUGUCACCCUCGAUAGGGGCCAUAAAGAUUGCCACAUCAUCCACAUAUAGCGGUGUUCUCACCAUGGUGCCUUUCCCUCGGAUCUUGUGUAGUAUACCCUUCUUAGUUGUCAGUUCGAGCAUUUGCUGCAGGGGUAGGGGGUCCCCUUGACGAUGGCCACGACCAUUCUUGAUGGAAGGUCCGGUCACACCAUUGAGAAGGAUCCGCGAAGAUUUUGUGCCGAGAAGAGCGGUAACCUAAUCGCAAAAUUUUCUUGGGAACCCACACUUUUGGAGAAGAUUUAAGAGGAGCGAGGGGGUCUUCCUCUUAUGCAACCACCGAGCUUGAAGAGGAGCUUGAAGAGGAGCGAGGGGGUCUUCCUCUUAUGCAACCACCGAGCAAAGGUUCCACACUUACAUGAAGUUGUCGUGUAUAAUCCUUUUGAUGAAAGCACUUGGAGCAUUCGAGACAAGUGCGUUCAUAUGCGGGUCUAACUGGAGAGAGAGCACCUUUGCAAUAAUUUUUGCAAUCGUGUGAAUGAGGCUAAUCGGCCUAUAGUCUGACUGUCUGAGACCCCUUCUGCACCCUCCUUGGGCAAAAGCACAACAUUGCGGAGUUAAGCUAAUGAAGAUUUUUCACAUGCAAGGAAUCAAAGUCUUGGAGUCUUCAUGAUAACAACCUUUAUGGCUCCCACACACUUCUUAAAGAAUACACCCGUGAAACCAUCAGGCCAGGGUGCCUGGUCACUAGGCAUAUCAUCAAUGGCAUCUUUCACCUCCUCAAAAAUUUGUCUAUCAAGCCCAUCCAAGUCCGGAACCUCCAAAUUUAGCUCACCCCAAUUAAAGUCUUUGGAGCUAUAACAUCCUUUCCCAAUGACAUUGGUGAAGUGGUGAAGGAUAGUUUUCUCUUUUGUUUCAUGCUUGGUCACCCAUCCUUGGCCAUGUUUGAGCCUAUGAAUGUGGUUCUUCCUCCUUGCAUUGAUGCGAUGGUGAUAUUUUGUAGUGUUUGCAUCCCCUUCUCUCAAGUUGGUAAUCCUUGCACAUUGCUUUUUUCCUCAAUCUCUCAAGCACCGCCAAACUUAUGACCCGUCUCUUUAGUCUAGCACGAAGGUCAUGCUCGUCAAUAGAUAAUUGUUGCAUCUCCUGGGCGGUAUCAAACCUAAGGAUCACCAAAAGGGUGUCAUGGAGGUGAACCUUAGCUUUGGAGAAGAGCCCUCUUCUCCACUCAUUGAGACGAAGGACCGCUUUCUUGAGCUUGUGGAAUAGAACUUGGUAAGACUUGGUGUGGUCCAAAUGUUCAUUCCAAGCCUUGUGAACCACCUCGUGGAACACAGGCAUGGAGGUUAAAACAUUCUCGAACUUGAAGCUCCUAGAUCUUUUUUUUGAUGAACAGGGAGGUUUCCCUCCCCGGUUCCAUUACUCAGCAUGAAACCAAAACGCGAUCAGUUAUACAGCAGCUCACUUAGGGAGCAGUUCAGCCUAAACGGCACUAAGAGAUAAAAAAAGGAAACCAGGGAAACAGAACUUUGAAAAGAUCAGGUGGCACGCAGGCCCGAAAUUAGAGUAACACAAAUCAGACUGAAAUCUCCAGGUUUGUGUCCGCUUCCAUCUCCGCAGCCCUUCUGAGCUUGAAUGGUGGCGCUGAGGCUGCUUGAGGAGACCAGCAGACAAGCGUCGAGACUGGGCUACUCAGCAAGUUUUUGCUCUUCAGGGCACUCUUCUUUGGAGAAUGGAAACGCCAAUCAUCGUCAGAGAUCUUCAGCCUGCCCCACUGAUUCACAACCCCAUCCUUCGUACAACCUCCCAGCAUCAGCCACUCGCUAUUCUCAGCGGCUGGCGCAAGAAGGCUGUAAGCGUUGUCAGGAAAAUCUCCAGACGAGCUUUGCCAUUUUCUGGUGCCAAGACCGCCCAUAACUUGAGGGUUCUGAGGAUCAGCCUCCAAACCUGCAAGAUCGAUGUCCAAACGGUGUUGUUAAAGAUAAUAGAGUUCCUAUACUUCCACAAACACCAGAGGACAGCCGAUGAAACUAUAUUUAGAGCAGAGUUCUUUCUAUUAGAUACCCAAAAUCUGGCUACAGAUUCAUAGCCUAUUCCCAUCCGGACCUGAAAGUGGUCAGCCACAAACGACCAAAUGUUUUUUGCUACGAUACAUUCAAAAAACAAGUGAGUGUUAGUUUCCUGUUCAGAGCAAAAGACGCAAUCCAGAGGUUUAAUGAUGUGCCUUUUCCUCAGGUUGUCUCUUGUCAUCAACUUGUUAUACGAGAAAAGCCAUAACAAAACGUGGAUCUUCGGGGGCACAUAAAGUUUCCACACCGCAGGGAUGAAAACUGGUUGUACCCCACGAAAAUUGAUCACCUGAUACAGAGAGCUUGAUGAGUAAACACCUUUGCUUUCAAGCUGCCAUAUCAGUGAAUCAAUGUCCUCACAGAGAGCAAUGCUUCUGGCGCACUCGACCAGGUGGUGCCAUUGCUCCAUGAGUUUAUCAUCGAAGUUCCUUCUGAAAGUCAGCUUGAGAGUAUCCCCAUCCCAGACCUCUUUAAUAGUUCUGGUUUGCUCAUUACAGACUAAGUAUAUAGGCCAAAAUUGGGUAGCUAGAGGGGAGGUCCCAAACCAGGUAUCUUCCCAGAAUCUAAUCCUCUCACCAUUACCUACCUUCCAUCUAAAUCCUAACUUCAUGUUUUGGAUGAUGGAUUGAAAUCCUUAACAAAACCUAGAAGAGUUUGGAGUAGGGUUAACAGCAAAAAGAUUAGGCUUCCCAGACAAAUAUUUUGUUCUAUGAUGGAUUUCCAAGGUUUCUCCCCUUCCUCAUAGAAUCUUUUGACCCAAGAUCCUAAAAGGCAAGUGUUAACCUCCUAGAUUUUUCAGGCCCUUUGACAUCGGCAAGCAAGAAGGGACAAUGAUCGGUAAGCGAGUAAGAUAGGGGAUGCAACACAUGUGUGUUGAGCGUUGUGUCCCACUCGGCAUUACAAAAAAAAAAAGAAAAAAGAAUUGAGCUUGCACAACGUUGGAUUUUUCCUCUCAUUGCUCCAGGGCAUGCAAAGGGGUACGGUCCACCUCACUGCCUGGGAGAUUUGGGCUGAGCUGAACAAUCGAGUCUUACAGGAGGUAGUUGGCACCAGUAGGCGACGUUGUUGCUUCAAUCCGGCGUGCGACGAAGCACUGGCGGCUCGCCGGAGCAACCCCCGUUCGGGGAAAGGAACGUGAGAUAUAGCACGCUAAUCGCUGCUGGCCUCUGUCCGGCCGCUGUUUCUUCUUUUGCUUUUUUCUGUCUUUCCUUGAUCGUCUUGUGAAUGAUCGCAAUAGGGUUUAGGGUUUGUCUUUCUUGGAUCGUCUUUCUUUAGUAGUGACCGCACGUUGCAUUAAACAUGGAGAUUACAAGGUGUACAAACGUGAAACCAUACAAGAUGAUGAAUGAUCGCCC